UUGUUCCAGUCAAAAUUUCAACAAUGGCGGGAAAUAAAUAUGUAAGAAAUGUAGUAAAGGCUAAAGAGAUAUGCAGCGCACAACGUCUAUGGUCCUGCUACUCCAAGAAAGCAUGUUCAUUUUCCACAACAAAUUUUACAUAUACAAGUUCUAUCCACUAAAAUAAUUCAGUGCAAGAUAUAAUAACUGUACUACAGGAUUACCAAUAAUUUACUGAAGCAGCCAAGAAGGUUUCCAUGCAUUGAAUUGGUCAUGAUUGUUUAACAAAUAUUUGAGUCUCAAAAUGGUGAUUCUUUGCUCGUUGCCACUGAACUAUUCAGCUUUCCUUUGUCAAGGUACUCCUUUUCUACCAUCAAAGUUUCCAGCAAGAGUUGAUUAUCACAGAGAUGUUUCUCUGACAUCACAAACGAUUUUUAGAAUAAAAAUAAGAGAAAAACAUGCAAACCAUAGUUGCACCAAAUUUGUGACAUCUGCUGCAAGGAAUGAUCAUCAUCUAAGCUACGAUGAUGAUUUACCUCAGGAGCCCUUUUUGCUAACAUUGAUCAAGGAUGUCAUAUGGGGGCUAAGAUAUAUAUUUGUAUUUUUGGUUGAGCAACCUGGCCAGUUUAAAUACAUAGAGUGGCCAAGCUUUAGUAGUACGCUGAGGACUGCGAUUCUGACUCUUAUACUUGUUGCAAUGCUUAUUGUUGCAUUAUCAUCUGUUGAUUCGGCUCUCAGCUAUCUAUUGGCUUUAGCUCUUCGGAAAAGACCAUAACCGUGUGGUGUGCCUAUGUCACCAUGUGUAAGCAGUUGAUUUCUGAUGCUUGUAAUUUGUUUAGCUCUAUCCUCAUAUAGGUGUAAAUCAUGACUUGAAUUUUGAACUGGAAAGGAUAAAGCUAUUUAAGAACCUUUUAUUGAAGCCGUUGAUUUGCAACUCAGUGAAGGAAA